UUUUUUCUGCUUUCGCUUCUCUCUCGCUCCGGCACUACCCCCGCCUUUCUUGUCAAACUUUCAGCAAGUGCAAAAACUUUACUGUUCUGCAAACACGUUCUCUUAAAACAAAAACACGAAUGAAGACAGCCCUAAACAAGCCCCUAUACGAGUUGCUCUGUUAAACAUUUUCUUGACUUCUAUUAGUGAAGAGAGGAAGGGUUUCCAGAAACAGGAACCAUGAAGCAAGUGGAGGAGUUGAUCCGAAUGGCCAAAAAGUUGGAUAAGAUGGUGUCCAGGAAGAACAUGGAAGGGGCCCUUGAUCUAUUGAAGAAGCUGAACAAUUUCACAAUGACCAUCGAACUGUUGCAGACCACAAGAAUUGGCGUGGCUGUCAACACAAUCCGCAAGCACUGCUCAGAUGAGGAGGUGGUGGCUCUGGCGAAAAUCCUCAUCAAGAACUGGAAGAGGUUGCUGGAGUCAUCAGGGACCCAGAAAGGUAAAAAGGAGCAUGAUAUGGAUAAAGGGAUUAGCUGGAAGAUUGAAGAUGAGGUUGCUGCCAUUUCCCAUCCAGUGAAACUCUGCAAAAGUUCUGAUGGAAAACAAAAAGACAGACAUCCUAGUGCUCCUAAAGGAACUUCGACUACCUCCAAAAAGUCACAUUUUGAAAUCAAGAAAGAGAGGAGACCAUCCACAGGCUCCAGCCCACCUGCAUCUCCUCCUGGUUCUCAGAUGAAUUCUAUUGAUGGCAAAGAGGAGAGAUCAAACAGCAAAGCUAGGCAAGAUGUGGCGAAGACACCCACCAGUCCUGUCAGCCCAACAUUUGCACCUUCUGCCCCCUCCUUCUUAGCCUCCUGCUACCUUACAGGAAACACUGUCCGGGACAAGUGCAUUGAGAUGGUCUCUGCAGCUCUGCAAAUGGAUGAUGAUUACAAGCAGUUUGGAGUAAAUUGUGACAAGAUGGCAGCUGAAAUUGAAGAUAGUAUCUACCAGGAGCUGAAAGGCACUGAUAUGAAAUAUCGGAACCGAGUGAGGAGCCGGAUCAGCAACCUGAAGGACCCCAAGAAUCCUGGCUUGCGCAGAAAUGUGUUGUGUGGAGCUAUCCCACCAAGUCUGAUUGCCAAGAUGACAGCAGAAGAAAUGGCCAGUGAUGAACUGAAGGAACUACGGAAUGCCAUGACCCAAGAAGCAAUCCGAGAACAUCAGAUGGCAAAGACUGGAGGCACCGCAACUGACCUCUUCCAGUGUGGCAAAUGCAAGAAGAAGAAUUGCACCUAUAAUCAGGUUCAAACACGAAGUGCUGAUGAACCCAUGACAACCUUUGUGCUGUGUAACGAGUGUGGGAAUCGUUGGAAGUUCUGCUGAUGCACCCCUAUGCUAGCUACUGAUGUUGAAGAUGCUGUUCUGUCACAGCCAAAGAGGAAGUCGUUCCUGUGAACUGUCCAUUGCAGAAAUUGAAGCUGGAAAGAGACAAAAAUUUAAAAAGUUGAAGUGUUGGGAGUUUGUCUUGGAUCUUAAAAAUGAAAUAGGAAUGGAUUUUAGUUAAAAGGAGUGAUGGUCGAUAAAUAAUCCAGGCAAUGCUAUGAUUUUAUUUGACAGGACUGUCCAUAUUCUGUGAUCAUACUGCACAAGUAACAGGAGUUGGCAGUGGGCUUGGAAUUUUGCAUUUUGACACUCUCCACUUUUAUCUUUCAAAGUAAAUUUCUAGCCCUUAAGGCUGCCGAGAUAGGUUUGAAAGCACAGAGGUAACAUUUAGCAAAAUCCCCAAAGCCAGAGGUGGUGCUAAACAGAAUUUCCAACCUUCAAGAUUUCGAGUUUCAAGGCCCUGCUUAAGUCUUUGCCCCUCUGCAUGAUUGGGAAUAAUUUAUUCAGCUCACAGAAUACCGUUUUUCUUGAUGCAAAAUUUAGAUUAAUGGUUUUAGCACAGAAUAAACACAGUGCUGAUUCUAGAUUUACAGAGUCCACCCUAGUUCCUCCAGCUUACAAACUGCUAUCAGAGGAUGAUUCCCAUUAGAAGACCUCUUUAGGGCAUUGGUCUUCCACUGGUAGGAAGGGUCCACAAAUAGACUGCAGCAGUGAUAUCCUCCCAAUUUCAGCACUUUUUUUUUUAAAGGGAAGAGAGUGACCAGAUUCCAAGCAACAUAGGCCUCCUGUAUCUUUAAUAAAUGUGUAGAAGAGGGAAUUUCAGGAGACACAGAUUUUCUCAUUGUGACAAAUUGCAUCUCCAAAAAUCCUCCCCUCUUCUAUAAAAUUAAGCUGAACUGAGUUAAUUGGUCGAUCCAGCCCAGUAUUGUCUACUCUGAAUAGCAGCAGCUCUCAGAGGUCUUUCCUAGUCCUGCUUCCUUCAGAGGACUGUCCUAGUCCUUCUCCAGUAUUUUAAUUGGAGAUGGAAACCUGAGACGCUCUGCAUGUGUUAUGCCACUGAGCUAUUCCACCUGAUCACCCUACAAUCAAAAGCAGGUAGAUGGACAGGUAUGGUUAAAAAAAUUUCAAAUGGGUUCCCUGUUGCUGAUUGUAGUUAAAAGUGGGUUCUGAGUCCAGUAUAGCUGAAGACUAUUGCUUAUGGGGAUGCAUAGAGUUAGUCAAUUGUUUCAUGCCAAACGAAUGAGAACUGCAACAAACAUGUAUAGUUAUGGUUAUGAUGGAGUGCAGCUGGCACUGAACUUUUGUAAAAUCAAAUGUAAAAUUACAUUUGCCACUUGACAAUCAUAAAUUAGUAAAUUCUGAAUGCUCACCUGUCA